CUUUUUCCGUGCCUUUCCAAGUGUCCUUGCGAUGUAUCGUAUGUUUCUUGCUCGUUGCAAACACCUGUGUUUUGGACUUCUCGUUCUGUUCUUCGUAUAUGAAGGACUUAUGUGGAUGUCUGACAACAUCGCUUUAGUUGGAGAAUCCAAAAGUGGAGGUAAAGUAAGCGAUUUUAAAAGCUGUAUAUACAGUACAUUACUUAAGUCAGGGACACCCGACGACGUUUUUCUGAAAAAAAAAAACUGUUUGAAGGACUAAAAAUUGCCUUGAAUUUCUAAAGCUCGAGAAAGGAUAAAAAUGUCUGGAUAACCUUUCCAUUCGUCUAAGAUAUCCGGAGUUUUUCUGCUAGCUUUCCGAACGAUUUUCGGAGGUUGUGUUUUUCACGUUUUAUUACCAGAACACUGCUGUUGCUUUUAUUGGUAUAUAGACAAAACGUCUCCUAAUUUUUUUAUAAAGAAAGUACGGCUACUCAGCGACCUCGAACCUUCGACAGGACCCAUCAGGAUAGCUAACAGUUUCGGAUGAGCCGAAAAAGCCUACUACAACUAAUUCGAGGCUAUAAAGUUCCCCUAAGACAUCCGAGCAGAUAGAUAGUUUUUAGAGCAGUGAUAGGCAUCUAAAACUCAUGAAAACUUCACGUAGAGAAAACCAUUUCAGACAAUUCUGACGGGUGUGCCCCCAGUGUUAUGUGUACAUUUGUGAUGAUAUUCUACAUAGAUGAAAAUAGUCGUCUACACUCAUGCCAUUGUUAAUGUUGUUCCUGCUUUUGUGAAUUGGUGUUUUUCAUGUCAUUUAUGUUCAAAGGCCAACGUGGCUGAUCCUUGCAAAUUUUAGGGAAUAGUAUUUGCAUGAUGAUUUGCAUGAGAUCCGUUCAAAAAUUUGGGUUCAUCUUAAGGUAUCAGCCACCCUUAAAAUUGCCAUUUUUCCAUAUUUGAGAUUUGAACGUUUUCAAAUAGAUAUACUUGAGAGCUUUCUUUAAAAAAAAAAUCAGAAGAAAAUAUUAUUUCUGUCGAAAGAUAUCGGGGGUAAAAGUUUUUUCUCGUUAACUAUCUUAAUAUGAUCGUUGCAAGAUCUGUCAUACCCGUGUCAUAUAUCAAUUAACUUGCCUGUGAACUAGCAACGUGAUACCGAGUGCGUGCUUCGACACAACACGUGCGAAUUGUCUUUGCGUUGUUUAUAGCCUUUAGUAUUCUCCGUGGAUAUUUAGCGUUUGCUUCGGUGAAAAUGCCGCCAAAAAAAAAAAAAAAAGAAAAGGUCGCGUCCGUUUUCGUCAUCGAAACCGAGAGCGAAAAAGAAGUCGAAGAGCGAGUUUGACAAAGAAUGGGCCGCAAAAUUGGCAGAGAGCGGCAAAGGCUCAUUUUAUCAGCAAGAGAAGUGACUCGAGGAGUUGGAUAUUCAGAAAAGCGAAAAAAAUCCAGCUAGCUUGAAGAGCCAGAUGAAGAAAGCCAAUUAAGCUCAUCGACCCCAUCUGCUGAUGGAACGUGGAAAACAGUAAGCGGUCGAGCUAUCGUAUCGAGCGAAAAGCUGCUUGAAAAACUGGACGAGUCUGUAUCUUGUCGAUUUUGCCCGGGAAGAGUCCAAGUCAUGGAAAAUGUAGCGACUAAAGAUGGACUUGGUUCUAGCUGGAGAAUCCAGUGCGAGAAUGAAAGCUGUCCGUCGCACAAGACAAAUUCUGUUUUUAAUUCUUCCGAGAAGAGCAGAGCGUUUGAAAUAUACCGGCCUCAGUUCUUGGCCUUCGAGCAAUCGGUGGUGGACAUUCGGUGGCUUCAAAGUUUUUUAGUUUCCUUGGCCUGGCGCCGAUCAACAAAAACGCCUGGGCGGAUCAUACAAAAAAGAUCGAAGGAGAGGCAAAACUUUUGCUCGAGAAAGAAUUAAACCGUGCUUCUCGUGGUGUAAAAGAGUGGAAGUUUUCCAACGGAGAAUUAAACUCAGUGUAAACUGUUCACUUGAAGAUGUUGAUAGCUGAUAAAAAGUUUGUUCCCGUUUAAUACAUGUUACCUGUCAAAGUCCUAUUGUUAGAGAAAAUUGAUCCCUCUCUGAUAUCAAUCAGAAUAAACAGUUAGGUGUUAUAAUCUCAUUCCAGGUAGGAUGCCGCCAAAAAUGUAUUUUCUAUUUUAUCUCCGAACGCAAAUUUUGCCGAUCGACUCGUACGUUUUGAAGUCCAAGUCGGCAGCCUUUCAAUCAAUUUGGCUAAAAUUUGGCCAGAGUGAUGCCAUAUAUCUCUUCUACAAAACCGUGUCUGCGAAUUUUAAUACUCCUUUUCAUUUUAAAGCUAGAACUUUUUUUCCACAGAGAGUGUUGACUAAUUGCCUUCCCCAACUUCAUUUGCUAAUAAAAGAAAAAGAAACGCACUUGUCAAAAAUCUGAGACACGGUUUUUUAGUGGAACGAGUUGAGAAGCGAAUCCCGGGGGGUACUUUAGGAAUUUCUAGGUGGGGAUGUGCCGCUGGGACCCUGGGACCCUUAACCUAUACCAGAGCUAGUUCAGCUGAAUUUUGCUAUCCUAUACUAGAGUAAACUCCCCAAAUCCCCUAUCCUAGAGUAGCUGUUUCCCUUGUCUAGAUAAAAUCUUCAACCAACUGAUCAGUUUCCUGAAAAAUGAUACCCUGUUCUAGACCCAAACGCUCUGAUUUAUAUACCCUAUCCUAGAGUAAACUGCCUGAAAACCAUACCCUUCACAGCGGCACAUACCUAUAUAACCCAUAUAUGGCAGUACCCCCCCCGGGAAGCGAAUGCGGUGUUAAUUGUUUUCUUCCGUUUAUCUCCGGCGAGAGUGGAACAUGAUUUAUAGAGACAUGUACUUUUACACAAAGCGUUCCAAUUUCGAAACACCUUUAAGUAAAUCGUGUUUGUUAGUUGAAAUACAUAAUCUGGAAUUAUUAAGCUUUUAAAAAAUAUAUGGUUUAUAGGGGUUUUUACAAAAACAACUAACGCUACAGCGAUCCGCGCGCGGACGGUCCAGAAGGGUGGCUGAUACCUUAAUUCGUAACCAUUGCAUUGUUUUAUACUUCCAUAAGAAGUUUCAUAUUUUCUUUAUCGAAACUAAAAUAACAGCUUCUAUUAAUUAAAACAUUUUUGUCGACCAAGUUUCUUUAUAUGGGAAAAAUAAAACCAUGCGUUCCCAAGUUUGGUGUUUUUCUUGUUGGAGGCGAUAUGGAGUUUUACUUUAAAAACGUUCCCAGGCAGGUAUACUAUGACUUAUUGAAAUAUUCAGCUUAUACGGGCUGUAGUUUUGAACAGAUCAACUGUAAAAAAAAAAAAAAAAAAACUGCAGAAAUAUGAAUUAUAUAGAAUCCACAAGAGAGUGUCUCUUUAGUCUCGUUAAAAUACAACCAUAUAUCGCCCAUGUGGCUAAUUUAGAUUUUAACUAAUUUUGAUUUUGCUACUACAAACAAUAACCCGCACAGUCAGAUCAAAAUACGUAAAACGUUAUAAAACUUAUAGCUUGAAUUCAUCUGGGUUAAAAUAAAAUGUUUCGCCAAAACUAAUCGUUAUUUACCCUAGAUGUUUCCCAGCUACUUGUUUGUAGCCAUAAGCCAUUUGCUCUAAGGUAGUUUUUAAAUUAGAUUUUACACCUCCUGCGGAGAGUUGAAUAUUAAGUUAUCCGGUGAGAGUUGUUAAUAAGAUUUACUUAAUUGUGUGAUCCAGGGUUUUCGUAAUCGAUUUGUGCAGUUGUUCAGGCGGUCCUGCUUCAUGCAGGAGCACCCAACGACGAUUUUUGGAAAAUAUCUGUUCUGAAGAUGAUUUGAGAUCUAGAAUUUUCGGAACAUUUGUUGUUAAAUUUCUUGCUUGCCUGACUCUCCUAGGAUUUUCGAACCCCUCAAAAAUGGUAUAAUUGCUCAUUUUUAAUGGUUUUUUACCCUAAAAAGGUCACCUAGAAUUUUUGGGGAGCCUUUUUUCAGGCUGAAAUUUUCGAAAAGGUAAGUUUUCAUCCCUAUAUGUUUCGGAUCACUAGACUUUCAGCUAGGAAAUCCGAAGAGAUGAAAAAAUUUCCCUGUUCGUGGUCCUUGGUCUUGAGUCGUCUGAGGGCAGAAAAUGUGCUCUGAUUUCAAGUCGCCUAUGUUACAAGUAUUGUCAAAUACAUCUUUAAAAGUGUUUUUCAGCACCACUCCAAAUUUUUGUUUGGGGGUCUACGGCCCCUCCCCCCCCGUCCCCCACCCCCAGCUUCGCCGCCUACGCUAUAGUCCUUCUUCUUCCUAGAAAGUCAGAAACGCUGCUUUUUGGCAUUCUGCUAGGCUGUUUGCAUUACUACAGAUGCCGUCACUGCAAAAUUUGAAGAAAUUUUGGGUGCCCUCCCCUUUUAAACCCAACAUUUUUUCUUUUGAUCCCCCUCUUAAACAAGUAUUUUUUCAUGGUCCCCCAUCAAAUCCCACCAGCAACCCCCCCCCCCCCCCCCCCCACCUGAUAAUACUUGAACGGUCUCUAACAAGGUUUUUCUUGCUUAUUCGUUAUUGCAUAUAUGAAACAAAACUUUAGUAGCAUUUAUUACUAUUGAUAUUAUUAAUAAUUAAUUAAAACAUUUUUGGUUAAACAUUUCCAUUUUAUGGGUAAACUAAAACCAUGUCAGUUCGCAGGUUUGCUGUUCUCAUAUUCAUGAUUUUAUGAUGUUUUACUUAAAAGGUGUUAGCGGCUGAGCUAAUGAUACAGGAACUGAUGUUUUUUAAUCCCGACAGUCUACAUAGCCUUGGAAUCUGAUUUCAAACGGAGUAGAACCCGCAAAAGAGCCUUCUCAUUCCGAAAACCACAGAAAGACGGGUUCAUUUCAGAAACGUUCAAAGAUUUUACACGAAUAAAUUAGUGAGGCUUUUCAACUAGGCGAAUUAUCUGCCCUAGGUGUUUCCUAGUAACUUGUGGGUUGCCAUAAACUGAUUUUGAAUCUUAAACCUUAGCCCUUUUUGCCAAUGUUACCUGGGCUACUGAGAUUAUUUUGAAUCUAAUCCUACACGAAGUUUACCUUAUUUAGAUGUCGAUUUUCCCAGUUUAAUCCUUUAUAUAAUCGAAAACUUUUCUUCAAAUUCAUAGUGGUUUAAUUGGUCUAAAUGUGUCCCAUAAUCUCCCUGCUAUAAGACAAUCUUCUCAUCCCCAUCCAUGUGGAUAGAUUUCCUCUGUCGCGUUAUUAAUUUUUACCAGCGUACGCAAGAGAAAAUGACUUUCUCUCUUGGCGUACGAAUGCAUGAAAGGUUGCGCGCAAAGGUAAACGUUGAUCCUCUCAAUCUCUACGUUUGCGCGCGACCGUUCGGACAUUGCCUCUAGUUCAUUUUCCCGUGCACGCACUUAAAAAUUACGCAACAUUAUUGCCACUGGCGAAAUCCACCGUUUGGGGACGCAUAUAGGAAUAUAGCGGAAAGCGUCCCCUUUUGGGUCCCAAAUUUAUAUGCGCCUUGUAACGACAGAAGAGUAAUUAACAAUUUUCCUCGAGCCCGAAUGGGCGCUUAGAUGAAACCGAAGGCCGAAUGGGCUACUGACUCAGAGGCCAACAUAAGCAAAACUCGAUUCUGCGGCCAUUGUUUUGGUUUUCAAAGCAGGCGCUUUUCGCUAGUAAUGGGCUAUAACAUAUAGCCUUGUAGUUGCUCAACCAAUCAGAACGCAGCAUUGAUAAUAGACCACUAGUUGGAUUUUACUAAACCCUGUUAGCAAGCUUUGGCGUAAUUACUAAAGCAGUAUACUCGUCUGCUUUGUUAGUAUGUUGGAUAUACUGUGCGAGGCAAAGCUUUAAACAUGUAGGUUCCAACUUUCGUAGAAGACAAAACAAUUAAAAGUCAGAGAAAACUGAAAAACUGAAACGCAAUAGCAAUGUAAUUUCCGAUCGGUUUCUUGACAGUCAGUGAAGAACGAAAGCACCCCUAUAUUUUACCUUAUUUUAUGGGUUCUGAGCAAACUGUUUAGCUACAUCUUCCUGUUACAGUCGACUCCCGAUAACUCGAACCCUCGCUAACUCGAACCAAAAUCGAUUUCCCCUGGAUUUCCGUCAUACAUUCACUGUAAUUUUACCCUCGGUAACUCGAACCCUCGAUAACUCGAACUCCCGCUAACUCGAACCUUUUUUCGAUUUCCCUUGAAAGUUCGAGUUAUCGGGAGUCGACUGUAUAUUCAUGUACUGUUUUACCUCCACAGUACCAGAAUGGUUUGAUAGCAAAGUGCAACAAAGAAGGCAGCUUCAUCGAGACCAAUGUGAAAAGAAGCCAGCAAAUCCUAAGUUUAUUGAAGAGGCAGAUUUUACUUACUUCAUUGUUAUUGACGAAUUAAAGCUUGUGUUCUGCUGGAUUCCUAAAAUUUCCUGCACAACUUGGAAACGAGUUCUAUUUCAAGCUAAAAACAACGGUACAAUUGUCCUUAUGAGAGCACAUGAUGAUGGAAACAACUGGGGACAUUUGGGACGGCUUAGAAAUCACCCACCGGCUGAAAGAAAGCGAAUCCUUGACACACAUUAUAAAGCCAUGUUUGUGCGCGAGCCAUUUGCUCGUGUACUCUCAGCCUUCAAAAACAAAGUCGAGGGACAUUCAAACGAUAUGUUUAAAAGUUGGGAACCAAGCAUGCCAGAUGAAGACGUAGAAAAGAACAAAUUCCCUAUUUACAUCCGAAAUGUUCUUUCUUAUAACCGUUCAAGCUUAGCUAUCAACAAACAUUGGCGAUUGUACGACCAGAUUUGUCCAUGCGAAGUGGACUAUGAUUUCAUUGGGCACUUUGAGCAUCUGGGGCUGGAAGGUCAAAUGCUGUUAAAGGCAAUCGGAGUAGAUCACCUAAUGUCAUUUCCAGAGUAUCAUCCAUCGCACUCCAAACCGUACCUGCUGGAGUACUAUUCUAAGCUGACCAAAGAGGAAAUUUACAAACUUGGGAAGUUUUACGAGCUCGACUUCAAGAUAUUUGGAUAUGAUUUUCCUGGACCACUAAAGGAGAUCUUGAAAGAAAAAGAACUUCAAUGAGAAGAAACACAAUGAAAGAAAAUCACUCAGUACAAUGGUACUACGUGUUCGUAUGAAUGUGUUUUU